AUGCCACGGAAAAGGAUUAAUAAAACGGAAAGAGCCUCACGUGAUCUAUCUUUAUAUGAAUCUGCAUAUGAUGUGGUACUGUCUGGAACGUCAAUUCGAGCAGCUGCAGCCCAAUUUGGUCUGUGCCGUGUGUCCCUAUUACGUUAUAAGAAGAAAAGAGAAAACUCAGUCGAUUGCAUUACAAAAGUUAGUAUGGGAUACAAGCCCGCUAAUCGUGUUUUUUCAAAUGAACAAGAAAACGAAAUGGUUAAAUAUAUCAAGAAAGCAGCAGAUAUUUAUCAAGGAAGGAAGAGCAGAUGCGAUCCUUAUCAGGACACCUGCAAAACUUUUACAAGUUCAUGACGAAGCCACUCCAACUUCGUCAGAAUUCGUAAAAGUUGUAUUUUCCCCAGAAAACGUUAGACCAUUUUCCAAAGCUCCACCAAGAAAAGGUACAAUGAAAGGAAGGAAAAAAAGAAAGUCCGCAAUUUAUACAGACACCCCAGAGAAAAUAGAAAUAGAGAAAGAAGUUGAGGAAAGAGAAAAAAAGCGAGUAAAAAGAAACUUAGGCAGUCAGGGAAAUAGACCAAAUAAUAAAGUUCCUAGAAAGAAAAAAACUGGAUCGGCAGAAAGCAGUGAAGACGAAAAUGAAUAUUUUUGCCUAGUUUGCGUCGAACCUUAUGGGAAUAGCAGAAAGGGCGAGAAAUGGAUCCAGUGCACACAGUGCAAGAUGUGGUCACACGAAGAGUGUGUAGGACAAAACUUGUUCUAUGUUUGUCACAAUUGUGAGUCAGAGUAA